CGCAAUAAAUAAACCCCAUUUUGAAAUUCCACAUUCUCUUCCCCCAAAAAGAAAAUACUCCAGAGAAGAGAACCCUAGAUUGUUCAAUAAGUGGGAGCAUGAGCUUCCUCAAAACUCUUCAAUUGUUUCGCUCUUUUCGAUUCAGCAGCUUCGCCAUUCAUGGCCGCUUAUCUUCCUCAAUCUCGCACUUUGAGACCGAUUGCUUCACUCAUUCUAGUGGUUUACGGACCUGCCUUUUAUCUACUGUUGUUGAUACAUCAGAAAUCGAAUGUGAUAAACUUGUCGAUGAUGGAGCAGCCAAGGACAAACAUAAUGCCUUAUAUGUCGCUCUGAGACCACUUGCGAGUGGAUUUGAGAAAGUGUCUAUGUUGUCUUUGUCAAACUUCUUUGUUCCUCGUAGUGCUUCAGUAAUAUCUACAGGAUCCUUAAAGCUUGACUUGGCACUUGGAAUAGGAGGUUUACCAAAGGGGAGAAUUGUUGAGAUUUAUGGAAAGGAAGCCUCCGGGAAAACAACACUUGCCCUCCAUGUGAUUAAGGAAGCCCAGAAGUUUGGGGGGUAUUGCGCAUAUCUUGAUGCUGAAAAUGCUAUGGAUCCCAUGCUUGCUGAAGCCAUUGGUGUCGAUACAAAAAAUCUGCUUGUAUCGUGUCCAGAUUCAGCCGAAAAUAUGCUCAGUGUAGUUGAUAAAUUGACCCAAAGUGGGUCAUUAGAUGUAAUUGUGAUUGAUAGUGUAGCGGCUCUUGUACCCCAAUGUGAGAUCGAUGGUGAUAUUGGAACUGGUGAACCUAAUGUCCUGUCAAAAAUUAUGACCAAAGCACUUAGAAGAAUCCACCACUCUUUACAUCGAUCAAAAACACUAAUCAUAUUUCUUAAUCAGGUAAGAUACAGUCCAAGAUCUAAUCAGCGCUUUGUUAAGAAGGAAGAGGUAACUUGUGGCGGGAAUGCCUUGGGAUUCUAUGCUGGCGUGCGUUUGAGAAUUUCAAGAACUGGAUUGUCGAAAAUGAAGAAUGAGGCAACAGGCAUUGAGAUCUGUGUCCAAGUGAUGAAAAAUAAAUUAGCACCUGGAACUAAGAGUGCUAAUUUGGGAAUAGAUUUCGGAAGAGGAUUACGCUUUGAGCCCGAGGUCUUAGAGUUGGCGCUUGAACAUGGACUGAUUUUAAAUGAAGGAAAUAAUUACUUUAUUGAAGGGGAAGUCAUCAACAGUAAGCAGGGUGCUAAAAGAUAUUUGGCAGAGAAUAAGGUAGUUUUGGAAAAAGUAGUCAUGGACUUGAGAAGUCAGUUAUUUUGACAGAAACUCUUGAUUUUCAUGUAUCAUUAAUUUUCUAUUCUUCACUGUCCUGGGAAUCUUCCUGUGAAGAGUCUGGUCUUCGUGGAAACACUGCUGCUCGAGAACGUGAAGAGUAUUUGUGGAUCACAAACUCGGAAGUUUUGUAGUUCACGGAGAAAUUCAAUGCCUCAACCUUCACCAUCGUAUGUUAUAUUCUUGUACACCGUUGCAGAUUAAUCAAUUCAGUUUAGUAGGUUGGAUCAUUUGGAAGUAGGAGGUAGUCGAUAAGAGAAUCUCCAUCCGCAAAGAGCCACUAGGUUGAGCUAUAUGGAUUUUGAUGCUGUUGUAUAUUUGUGGAUCACAAACUUGGUAUUCUUGUUUCAAAGAGAAAUUCAAUGCCUCAAACUCGGAAUUAUUGUAUAAGAGAAUCUUCACCUACAAAGAGCCACUAAUAAGGUUUGAUCUCAUCACCUUACAGUUAUAAAGAGCAUCCCUUGCUAUUAGGUCAAGUACUAUUAGUAAUAUCUUUGUACUUAGUUUCCCUCAAUUGUAGUGUUUUGGAACUUUGACCAUUAUUUACCUAUAAACAAGAAUAAUUUUGUUAUGUGAAAUUCUUGUUAGAUUUGUUUAA